AUGAGGCUGCCCAGCGCGCCCCGAUCGAUCUUAAAAUCAAUGGAUAAAGUGGGGAAAAUGUGGAAUAAUUUCAAAUACAGUCAGAAUCUCUUCAAUCAUGAGGGAGGAAGCCGUACUGAAAAUGUGGACAUGAACUCCAACAGAUGUUCAUCUAUCAAAGAGAGAAACGUCAGUGUAGGAGACUCAGCUCCUCAGCAACAAAGCAGUCCCUUAAGAGAAAAUGUUGCCUUACAGCUGGGAUUAAGCCCUUCAAAGAAUUCUUCAAGAAGAAACCCAAAUUAUGCCACUGAAAUUCCUCAGAUUGCUGAAAUAAGCAUUGAAAAGGGUAAUGAUUCGUGUGUCACCCCAGGAACGAGACUGGCAAGAAGAGAUUCCUACUCUCGACAUGUUCCAUGGGGUGGGAAGAAGAAACAUUUCUGCUCUACAAAGACUCAAAGUUCAUUAGAUACUGAUAAAAAGUUUGGUAGAACUCAAAGUGGACUUCAAAGGAGAGAGAGGAGAUACGGCGUAAGCUCUGUGCAUGAUAUGGACAGCGUUUCCAGCAGAACUGUAGGAAGUCGCUCUCUGAGACAAAGGUUGCAGGAUACUGUGGGCCUGUGUUUUCCAAUGAGAACUUACAGCAAGCAGUCAAAGCCUCUUCUUUCUAAUAAAAGAAAAAUACACCUGUCUGAACUAAUGCUUGAGAAAUGCCCUUUUCCUGCUGGCACAGAUUUAGCCCAAAAGUGGCAUUUGAUUAAACAGCAUACAGCCCCUGUGAGCCCACAUUCAACAUUUUUUGAUACGUUUGAUCCAUCCUUGGUUUCUACAGAAGAUGAAGAAGAUAAACUUAGAGAGAGAAGGCGUCUUAGUAUUGAAGAAGGGGUUGACCCCCCUCUCGAUGCACAAAUACAUACAUUUGAAGCCACUGCACAGGUUAAUCUGUUAUAUAAACUGGGACCAAAGUUAGCUCCUGGAAUGACUGAAAUAAGUGGGGACAAUUCUUCAAUUCCACAAGCUAAUUGUAACUCAGAAGAGGACACAACCACAUUGUGUUUGCAGUCACGUAGGCAGAAGCAACGUCAGGUCUCUGGAGACAGCCAUGCCCAUGUUAGCAGACAGGGAGCUUGGAAAGUCCACACACAGAUUGAUUACAUACACUGCCUCGUGCCCGAUUUGCUUCAGAUUACAGGUAAUCCCUGUUACUGGAGAGUGAUGGACCAUUAUGAAGCAGAAGCCCUUCUUGAAGGGAAACCUGAAGGCACAUUUUUGCUCAGGAACUCUGCGCAAGAGGACUACCUCUUCUCUGUGAGCUUCCGUUGCUACAACAGAUCCCUGCAUGCCCAAAUUGAACAGUGGAAUCACAACUUUAGUUUUGAUGCUCAUGACCCAUGUGUAUUUCACUCCUCCACUGUAACAGGACUUUUGGAACAUUAUAAAGAUCCCAGUUCUUGCAUGUUUUUUGAACCAUUGCUUACUAUCUCACUAAAUAGGACUUUUCCUGUUAGUUUGCAAUAUAUUAGUGCAGUAAUCUGCAGAUGCACUACAUAUGAUGGAAUUGAUGGCCUUCCUUUACCAUCAAUGUUACAGGAUUUUUAAAAAGAGUAUCAUUAUAAACAAAAAGUUAGAGUUCGCUGGUUAGAACGAGAACCAGUCAAGGCAAAGUAA